AUCUUUGGACGGAAAGUGGAAAGUUCUACGUUGUGCGCACGCGCUCCCCGGGAUUAAUGUCAAGGCACAAAAGUGGCGCUACACCGUUUCGAGCUCUCCUCCGGUUGUUGCCUUAGCGAUGGACGGGGAGUCAGAGCCAAACCCUGCCAUAGCAGAAGAGGCAGGGGAGCGGGUGGAGCCCAUGGAUGCCACUCCCUCCCCCCAGCAACAGACCACGCCCCACUCAGAGGAGGCUGGGGAGGCAGUUUCCAUGGCAACGGAAGAUGGAGUCACAAAGGAGGGCAGCACAGAGGACAAUGAUGAUGAUGUGGUUCUGGUAGGGGAGGAGACUCCCCAGCCUUCUGCCAUAACCCUUACCCAAGACACACCUAGCACAGACUGCCUAGAGGUGCCAGCUGCUGUGGCAUCUAUGGAUAUGUCCACUGCAGCGAUGCCUUCCAAGACCCCCAGUCCUCCUGCGUCUUCCAGCGCAUCCACGGUGGAAGCACCUCCAAAACCUCCAACCACAGCAGCAGAGCCUAUCGUCAUUGAUGAUGAGGAUGACUCUGAACAGAAAGACACUUCCUCCACCUCACCAGCGCCCCCUGGAGGCUCCUCUGUAUCCCACUCACCAGGUGCACUCAGCAGCACAGAGCCAGAUUCAGAGAUCAGGAUUGCCAGUGUCACCACAUUAGGUUCCAGUAGCCAGAAAGGAAGCUCCACUGUUUCCGCAGUAAAUACUCCACCACAUUCAGUGGAUGUCCAGGCAGACAUGAACCUGAUGAUAACCUCGGUGACAUCGCUUCAGGGAGGAGCAGUGGCCGUCUCAGCGGCAGGUGAAGGCCAGGUGGAGGAAAAUGGUCUGCAGAUAAGCAACGCAUUCAGCCUAAAUCCUGACACCCCAUCUGGUCGACCAACAACCUCCUUCAAUCCUGGGCGGGGCUCAGGCCCCAUGGGCCAGCUGGUACAGAAUGGAGACACGGGGACACACAACAGAGCAGAUUCGUGGAUCUCCCAGUCAGCUUCAGUCCCCCGCAAUCAAAAACAGACAGGGGUGGACUCUCCGUCACCAGCCACGUCGUUGCCCAAACCUCCAGGCCAGUCUUCCUCAUCUACUUCUUCCUCAGGCUCCCAACCACAGCCCAGGACAGUCAAGGUGACCUGUGCUAACUGUAAAAAGCCUCUGAAGAAAGGCCAAACAGCCUACCAACGUAAAGGCUCCACACACCUGUUCUGCUCCACCACCUGUCUCUCUGCCUUCUCACACAAACCUGCCCCCAAGAAGAGCUGCACCAUGUGCAAAAAAGACAUCACAAACAUGAAGGGUACCAUCGUGGCCCAGGUUGACUCCAGCGAGUCUUUUCAGGAGUUCUGCAGCACAGGCUGCCUAGGUGCAUAUGAAAACAAGCAAAACCCACCCAAAUCGGGCCUCAAAACCAAAUGUACUGUCUGCGGAAAGCUCACAGAGAUCCGGCAUGAGGUUAGCUUUAAGACUGUGACCCAUAAGAUCUGCAGCGACGCAUGUUUCAACGUUUACCGCCGUGCCAACGGGUUGAUCAUGAACUGCUGCGAGCAAUGUGGAGACUACCUGCCUAGCCGAGCGUCAGCCAACCACUUCCUGCUGGUCGAUGGCCAACAGAAACGAUUCUGCUGCCAGAACUGCAUCAGGGAGUACAAGCAGGCCCACAGUAAACUUGCAAGCUGUCUGACUUGCAAAACAUUGAUCAAGACAGGUGAGGUGCUCCACAGCCUCGGAGCAGGCGGCACCAUGGGCUCCUACUGCUCCGUCAACUGCAUGAACAAGGGCAAGCUGGCGUCAACGUCCUUCAUCAAUACAGAGCCCACAUGUCACUUCUGUAAGAGGAAUUCAUUACCACAGUACCAGGCCACGUUGCCAGAGGGAAACAUCCUCAACUUCUGCAGCUCACAGUGUGUUACCAAGUUCCAGAAUGCUACUCUUCAAACAGCCACCAAUGGACAGACACCCCUCUCCACCACAAACAACACCGUCCAACUGAAAUGUAACUACUGUCGCGGAGCAUUCAGUUUGAAACCGGAAACUCUGGAGUGGGAGGAUAAAGUCUACCAAUUCUGUAGUAAGACGUGUUGUGAGGACUACAAGAAACUACACUGCAUUGUAACGUUUUGUGAGUACUGCCAAGAAGAAAAGACGCUACAUGAGACAGUCAAGUUCUCCGGGGUCAAGAGACCUUUCUGCAGCGAGGGCUGUAAGCUAUUAUAUAAGCAGGAUUUCAUCAAGCGGUUAGGUCUGAAGUGUGUCAGCUGUAACCACUGCAACCAGCUGUGCAAGAGAGCAGUGACCCGGCAGCUAGGUGGCAUGACUCGGGACUUCUGCAGCGAGGCAUGUGCCAAGAAGUUCCAUGACUGGUACUACAAGGCGGCGCGGUGUGACUGCUGUAAGGUGCAGGGUAACCUGACGGAGUCUGUGAUGUGGAGAACAGAGAUGAAGCAUUUCUGUGACCAGGAGUGUCUGUUGAAGUUCUACUGUCAGCAGAAUGAGCCCAUCAUGGUCACACAGAAAGGCCCAGAGAACACCAGUAUGGGAUUUGAAGUGCAAGGGGCCAAACUUGGGCUCUUAAACCAGGGUACUGUAGCAUAUGCCAGUGGAGGUUUGGUGAGAGAUGUCAAGAACAAGGCAGUGCUCUGCAAGCCACUCACCCUGACUAAGGCUACCUACUGCAAGCCACACAUGCAGAGCAAACUUUUACAGACAGACGUAGACGAUGGUGUGAAGAGGGAGUAUGUUCCUGUACCCAUACCUGUGCCUGUCUUCAUCCCCAUGCCCAUGAAUAUGUAUUCCCAGGUCACUCCCACUCCAGUCUCUCUGCCUGUACCGGUUCCUGUGCCUGUGUUCCUGCCCACCACCCUGCAAGGGGCAGAGCAGAUUGUCCAGACCAUCAGUGAACUGAAAAACAAGGUGCCCUCUGACCCUCUGGAGGCUGACCUGCUUUCCAUGGCUGAGAUGAUCGCAGAGGACCAGAAGCCAGAUGUGAAGCUGGUGAAGAGGGAGCAUGGAGCGGACGAGUCCUCCAGUAGCAGCUCUGAAGAAGAGGAGGCGAAGGAGGAGGAUAAGAAGGAGGCAAAAAAGCAGGGAGGGGGAAAGGAGGAGAAAGAGGAGGAGGACAAGUACGAGCCCGACCUGGACCUGGAGGCAGACUUCCCUCAAGCCUCAGACCCUGUUCCAGUCCUGGAGGGAAUGGACGAGGACAUGGCCUUCACUCUACCUCCUGUCCUGGCAGAGGAGAGGGAGGAGUCGGCACCCAGACCCCAGCCCAGGAGACAAGGGAACAAGAGGCGGGCGGUAGAGGAGAGCUCAGAUUCAGCAUCGUCCUCUUCUUCCCAUCCAGCAGGCAGAUGCUCAGAGGGACGAUCACUGCCUCUCAAAGCACGCUAUGGCAUCAAUGCCUGGAAGCGCUGGGCGCUGUCUCCUGACCAAUCAGAUGACACCAAAGUAAAGGACGGUUCCAAAUCAACCCGGUCUAAAAGUAACCUGCUGUCACUGAGUUCAGAGGAGCUGAACGUGGCUCUGUCCCAGUUUGUCAGGGAGGUCUGCCGGCCCAGUGGGGAGCGCUAUUCUCCAGACAGCAUCCUCUACCUCUGUUUGGGGAUCCAGCAGCAUCUUCAUGCCAAAGGCCGGAAGGAUGACCUGUUUAGUGAUGUGUGCUACCAGCAGUUUGGAGAAGAGUUGAACAAGGUCCUGAAGGACUGGCAGCCCAGUGUGCUUCCUGAUGGCUCACUGUGGGGCCGAGUGCAGGAGCAGAGCCUGUGGAGCAGUCGGCAGCUCGGGGAGCAGAGUCCCGCUGCUCUGCUGCGUUCGCUGGUUUACCUGAACACCAAAUACUUCGGCCUGCGCACUGUGGAGCAGCAUCUCCGCCUCUCCUUUGCCAACGUCUACGGCCCUGACACCGUCCAUCCUGUCACCAAGGAGACCAAUGUCUGCAUCCGCGUGCCUUCCAUCUCUCAGGAUCACCAUGUGCAAACAGAGUCUAGGAAGAGGAAGCGCAAGUUGGAGGAGGGCGAUAAGGAAUAUGAACCAGAUGACGAUUCGGGAGGCUCCACUGUUCGCUGCCUGGUUGAGAAACAUGAGUGUCACCUAUAUGAGCUCUACAGGUCGAAGUGCCCAACAUCUUUGCGGGAACGUCUAGACGUUUUCUAUGUUCAGCUGGAUCCGGCCUCCAGCCUCGACGACCCGCUGUGGUUCAACUCCACGCCGCUGGAGCGGCGGAUCUUGGAGAGCCUCCUCACCAGAGUCCUCCUGGUCAGGGACAUUUACACAGACAAACAACACCUAGAGGAAGAUGAGGAGGAAGAGGAUGGGGGUGAAGCAGUGGGAGGGGAGUAGCAGUCACUUGGACUUUCUGUUAGCAGAGCCUGGACAGUCAGCAGAGGAGGAGGUUAGCAAAUAGUAUGUGUGCUCCUCCCCUGUCUUAGCAUCUCCUUACCCUCCUCGCUGACUUGCUGUUUCCUCCUGGUGAGGGAACGUCCACAACAGAGAUCCUGAAAAGGUAGAGGAUGAUUGAGGUGGUAAUGAAGAGAGGCCCAGACUUGUACUUCUGCUGAUAUUAAUCACCAACAGGGGAAGAAAAGGAGCUAAUGAAGCUAGAGGACAAAAGUUUUCCUUCCAGUCAUAAAACAGAAGAGGAGGAACAGACACAUUUGUCUCCUGAUUUGAAGAACUUGAUGGGAUUAACAGGGAUAAAAUGAGGAUGAGAUAAAGGUGUCUUUGUAUAUGGUCAGACAAAGCUAAAUCAGGUAGAAGACAAGGUGUAUUAAUGGUUAUCAUCAUCAUAUUUUGACGUGUUCCAACAAGGAUGUAGCUUGCUUAUAGUGCUGAAACAAGCAGCUUACAGAUAUUAAAGCUUUUAACAACACAGAAUCAUGCUUUAACAAAGGUUAGCAGCCACCAGGAGGCUACAAGGGGGCACCAAGCAGACACAGGCUAAGGGCUGGGAAACCAGUGGACUUAUUUUCUGUUAACUCUCCAGCCUCAUUUCCUCCUAGCCAUCACUGUGGAUGGAAAGAAGGUGUGGAGUUCUUUGGAACAGAUUUUUUUUUUUGUUUGUUUUUUAAUCAAUAAGGAAGGGAGACAGCAUGGAAAAGGGGUCUGGGUAAAACCAGAAGCACCACCCAGAGGAGAACAGGACAGUUGGAGAGUUGGAAAUUCCCUGCUGGUAGGUUGAAAUUCCAUCUUUAAUGCAGUGAAAAAUAGAAACACAACCGGUAAUAGGAUUUUCUCAGGCCAACAUUAGGUACUGUUCCUAACAUAGCUGCAAAUUGUGUCUGUAUCUGGCAGAACAGCAUCAAGUGCCACUUUAUGUUUAAAAUCUAUGUGUGGAUGAAUGAUUAAACACUAAAUGUUCUACAGCUUAGAAAUGGUAGAAAUAUUCAGGUCUGUGGCAUAUUUGACAACCCCAACAGCAAUGUAACAAUGCACCUCUAUCCACUGCUGCUUCACUCAUGAGGUUUGAAAAUUCCUGCAAUUGGAUGAAAGAAAAAGCGGAAAUUUUUUGUGUUGAACAAAUAAAUGGUUCAAUGAAUUUAGGAAUUAAAGGUCGUGCACACCCACACAGCCAUUAAGUUUGUUAGACUUGUUAGGUUGGGUGUUGUUAAGCUCCAGUCAAACCAGAUUUUGCCAGCCAAAGUUUACCCUGUGGUGUAGCAAAAUGGGAGUGUGCCCUAGCCCCUCUCUUAAAUCCACAAAGUGAAAGGGUCAAUUUGUCACUCCGAGCAAAUGCAUCUCACCCGAUUUCUAAUGAAAAUCUGGUCUGGCUGAGCCAUAUGGUCACAUUACAUCUCAUGUCUUAGUAUUCAUGCCAUUAUUCUUUUCAAUUGAAGUCCAAACAAGGGACGAAUCCAAGCGUGCAUUUCCUGUUUUGGUGCAAUCUCCCACUGCUUUCAGCAGACUCUCAGGUCACAGUGUAUGUAGACAUUAUUAUUUUUGCCUGCUUCAUAGCCAUAUGUUGUAUGUUAUCACACCACCAGACUAUAAAACUUCAGUUUCCCUUUCUGUUGCAUUGCAUGAAGAUGGAAUUUCUGACCCUCCAACAUGUCUAGAAUGGCUCUUCCCUCUCAGGGUGUCAGGGUGACCUACUGUAUCACACACCUCCACCAACUGGGCUGCUUUCAUUCCUUCACAUCAUCCUGCUCACUGCUCUUCCUCUGUCAGUACUGCUCUCAGGCAAAAAAUCGUUGCACCACAGAAGACUUCAGCUCAGAAGGGCAGGAGUCAGGACUGAUCCCAGGACAGAAAAAGAGGACUAAAUCUUGUGUGUUGUCUCUUGUCAAGACGCGCCUGCCUCACUGUGGUGCAGGGGGAAAGGCAACCUACCGACAUGCUGCGUUUCUUUUUAGGACACAAGGGGAAACCUCCAUUCAUGCGAUGUAGCAUUAUGUGUGUACUAAGCCCAGAUUGGGUUGCUUUUGAAGUGUAAAUAUCUCUGAAACAAGGCGGUUAUUUGAGAUGGAGUUGACACAGAGGGGGACACUGUGUAAUUCGGGGUAAAUAAAAAACACCCACUGAAUCCUUCAGCUUGAAAAUCCGUCUCCUGAGAAGCCUUUUUUAAAAAAGACUGAAUAUUUAUUUCUCUUUAUAUUAAUUUGACUGUUUCCUUUUUGGGAUUGGGUUGGGAUUUUUUUUUAUGGGUGUCAUUUCCUUCUCAACAGUUAUUCAUUGAAAACCUGCUGCAGUCCUACACCUUUGCUUCUCUCUUGUCCAUUAAAGAGUGUCUAUCUGUGCAGGAACCUGCUAAACAUGAAGGACGUGGAUUAAUCAGCGCUCAACAGACUAUUUUUGAACAUUUCCUUUUUGCUUCUGUCCCAGUGUUUGGAAUUUCCUGGUAUUUUCUCAGUUAUUCUGAGCCUCCUUUAAACUUAAUAUUGAUUUAGUUUAAAAACAGAGCACUUGUUAAUAAGUGCCCUCUUCUUCCUCCAAGCUGUUUUAGAGUGCUAGCACUGCAAGGCAAAGCUUGUAUUGUAAUAAAGAAUUGGUUGCACAUCUAAGUUGAUUUAAUUUUUUUUUUUCCAUGAACUAAACUUGUGUUUUCUUUCUGAGUCACACUAUCCAUUGUUUUUUUUUUAAAUACAAGUCCCCUUUUUUACUUUUCAUUUAUUGAGUUUCAUUUUGAAUUUGCAUUCUGAUUGUUUCAAUAAAUUGGAAAAAGUGUCACUGAGUUUAAAUCAAUAAGUCAAAGAUUAUUUUUGAGGAUUUUGUUUUUCUACUUGUUUGUUGUUUGACUUUCAUUUAAAUGGGGAGAACACUCUGAAAUUUAUAGCUGGCUACCACAACCAGAGCUCAAAAUAUAAGGAACACCCUCCAAAUGUUUGAGUUUAACCCACCAUGAACACAGUCAGUGUUGCAGAUUUCAAAUGUCUUUUCUUUACAAUCUACGUGACUGUUCCUCCUGACUGAAGUGGAAUUAACUGGUGAGCAAGGCCAGGGAUUACACUUUGAGAGUUUUAUCUGACAAGCAGGCGUUCUGUUAUUUUGUACACUUGACUGUGCAUUUAACAGUCUAGAACAGCUGUGUAACAUUACAUGAACAAAGGUGGUGGAUUUAUUGGAAGGAGAUUAAUCUUGAUUGAAGUGUCCCAGCCCCCCCCCAAACCCAAGCCUUUAAACUGACCCUGGAUCAGAGGACCCCAUCAUUAAACUGGCUGAUUUUUCCUGCUGGACUCAGAGGCAGCGACCAGACCAAACCUGCCACAGGUUUGGACCUACAUUAGACGCUGUGGCUGGCUUUAAUGCCUAAUGUGAAUGUGCCUAUCUGUAAAUACUGAAAGUGAGUGAUUGUGUCUUGAGUCUGAUGCUAUGUGUAUGGGCUGAUCUGCUGAUACGGUCAUGUUAAAUAAAUGAUUUCAUUUUCUAACCAGA